AUGAUUCGGCUGUUGCGAAGAGCUCGGCUUCUAGGAUUGGAAACAAACUGUGCGAGUCACCACACAGAACCUCAUCGGUGUUUAACGAGCUCCACAGUAACAGCGCCGUUGAUCAGGCACAAGUCUCCGAUGAUGGGCGCUUUUCAGGCUUCAUUUUCUAUGCCUCCGCAAGACCUAGUCUCAAGCUCAUUACAGCAAAAUCGUGAGUUGAACAACUGCUGGACUUUGAACGAGGAAGACUUUAUAUUGAUAAGACGACGCAUGAUGACCGAAUUGAACACGCGAUCGGGAUGA